UCUACCAAGACCGCGUUUGGUACCCAUCGGAAAAAAAGAAUGGCAGACGGAGGAAAAUCACCAACGCCGUCGGCAGCCGCCGAUGCGCAGCUUUUUGGGCUCCUCUCCAAUCUCCUCCAACAGGUGGAAUCACUAACCAAUCAAGAAGAAGUGGAGUUGCGUGCCAAGAUUGAAACCCUCGGAAUGGAGGUCCGGAAACUUCCCUCCAAAUCCGCUCAGCAUAUGAACGAGAUGGAGAUAGCAAAAGAAUUGGACAAAUUGUCAGCAAAACUCGAUGACGUGGACGAGUUAAUAUCGUCAACGAUGGCAGAGGACCCACAAGUGAGGACCCUUUUAAGCAAUACGGCCGAUGUGUGGAUUCCAGUUGUCACUGCAACUUCCGACGAGAGGCGUAAUUUUACCUCUGUCGUUGGAGAUGAAAGUCUUGCAGGCUCGGGAAAAGGUCCCGAAUAGCAAUAUUUAUAACUUUUUAUUGAAUUAUUUGUUGCAUAUGCAAAUACUGCAUGUCUUUGAAAUCGAAUUCUUGAAGUCAUUUGUCUCGUUGAUGGAAUACAUAUUAGAUUCCGAAUACAGAUCUAAUUUUAAUCUCCGAAAAUAUGUUUAAAAA